AUGUCCAAAGCAGAGGACAAGCCGCUGGUAACGCAGGCCGUGGAUGAUGACGAACCGGAUGAAUGGGAUAAACGGAUCUUCAGCACCGGAUGCGCAGGUAUUUAA